AUGGCUCUUUUCUUGUCAUCAUCAACUCCAAACCCUAGCCAAGGGUCCAAGCCCUUGAACCCAUAUGCCAGGUCCUUCCAACCUUGGCAGAAAUCUCUCCUCACCACUAUGGGACUCUCGGUUCCUCACGAAAUCUACUACCAACAAGCUCAACCGUUUCAGCCGUGGCCAGUUAUGUCUGGUUCUUCUUAUUAUGGGCAUCCCAGUGAGCCCAGGGCUUAUCUGCCUUGUGAAGCAGUAUUCUACGAUGCUGAAUCACAGCCUCAAGUGGUGGUGGAGAAGCUGAAGAGUGUGGAGGUGCAUCAGAGUUUGAGUUUUGGAAAAAGGGUUGAUAGGAGAACCAAGGGACGAGUCGUGGGACCCAGAUUGGUUUCACAAAGAAAGUCUGUAUGGAUGCCGAAGAAGGCUGGUGGUGAUGGUGUUCUUACUUCUCCUUCAACUGUUCAUGGCAAGGCGUUGAAGAGGAGUGGUCGUGUGGUUCCUUUUCCAACUACUGUUGAUGAAGUCCAGCGCUCUGGAACCACAACAGUUAUGAUCAAGAACAUUCCUAACCAGUUCACGAGGGAGAUCCUGCUGUCAAUACUGGACAAGCAUUGUCGGGAUGAGAACCAAAAAGCAGACUCACUGUCAUACAAGUCUGCCUUCGAUUUUGUCUACUUGCCCAUGGACUUCAUGAAAUGUUGGAAUGAAGGCAAAACAGCUAAUCUGGGAUACGCGUUUGUGAACUUUACAAAUGCUGUGGCUGCAUUUAGGUUCUUCAACUCUUUCCAUAAACAAGUAUGGGAAGUUGCUAAAAACAAGAAAACUUGUGAAGUCACUGUGGCUGAUAUUCAGGGGAAAGAGGCUUUAAGUGAGAGUUUCAAAACCAGUAGGUUCUGGUGUAAGCGCAAUUCGUUCCUGCCCGUGGUUUUAGAACCUCCAAGGGACGGUUCCAACAACUGCAAGUUCAUGACGCUUCCCGGAUUCCUUUUGCACAGACUCACAAGUUGGGAGGCAAGACACCUAGGGCCUAGGAUAGCCCGUGCUAAUUCCCUUGAACUAGUUUGGGACGGAUCUGGUGACAUGGUGUUCCAAGGCCGUGCUGUUCACAUUCAGGUAAAAGCCCCCAUCGUCGAAGUGCCAAUAGCCCCCAAUCCAGCUGAAGGAAUGGUUCAGAGGCGUACCAUGGGUUUGGAGUGCUGGUUCCCGGGAGCAUAA